AUGAAAGUCAUAAAAAUGUUGAAAUUGGCGCCCCGUGGCAUCAAUACAAGCUUGGAUCCUCCUUUUUUGUUUCUGAACCCCGCUAUCCGUUGCUCUAAAUUUCUAUCUAUCUAUCUAUCUAUCUAUCUAUCUAUGAAGAAAUAUAGAUAUAAGUCUUCGUCUUUACUCUCCUCAUCGACAUUCUCGUUGCUCUCCUUUCAUUAUUUUUUAUUGAACAUAUUCUCGUCUAUAUUUCUCGUUGCUUUCCUAAUCGCCUUUCUUUUUUUCCUUGCUCGUCUGCUUGGACUUCUUUUUCGUUGCUCUCUUUCUCGUUUCUCCUCAUCAUUCCACUUCAGAUCUUUCUCAUUUCCCUCCUUCAUGUCUUUCUCGUUGCUCUUCUCCCUAUUGAUAUCUAUCUAUCUAUCUAUCUAUCUAUCUAUCUAUCUAUCUAUCUAUCUAUCUAUCUAUCUAUCUCAGUCUGCUCAUUAUCUAUCUAUCUAUCUAUCUAUCUAUCUGUGUUCAUAUCUAAAUCUGUUCAUAUCUAUCUAUCUAUCUAUCUAUCUAUCUAUCUAUCUAUCUCAGUCUGCUCAUAAUCUAUCUAUCUAUCUAUCUAUCUAUCUAUCUAUCUAUCUAUCUAUCUAUCUCCUGUUCAUAUCUAUCUAUCUAUCUAUCUAUCUAUCUAUCUAUCUAUCUAUCUAUCUAUCUAUCUAUCUCAGUCUGCUCAUUAUCUAUCUAUCUAUCUAUCUAUCUAUCUAUCUAUCUAUCUAUCUGUGUUCAUAUCUAAAUCUGUUCAUAUCUAUCUAUCUAUCUAUCUAUCUAUCUAUCUAUCUAUCUAUAUAUAUAUAUAUAUAUAUAUAUAUAUAUAGCAUGCUGUUCAUAUCUUAG